UCUUUUCCCUUUAAAUCUCAUCUCUCAGUUUCUUUUUGUUGAAAAAAUGGAUGGAGAUCUUGUCUGCAAUUUUAAGAAAUGCCGGAAGAGUUUGAAUAAGCUUGCAUGGGUCACUUCUUGUUCACAUAUUUUCUGUGAAGAAGAUGGUUCCAGAGAAUUUAACAAGGCCUAUUCCUGUCCUGCUUGUGAAAGCAGUCUUUCUGGAACUUUUGAUAUUAUUAGAAUUGACCUUCAACCUUCAGACCAAUAUAAGUCUAUGGUCCUUGCUGGUCAAAAACCAGAAGUUAUCAUGGAAAUAUGUUCAAGGGCCCUUUCCUUUUGGACAUACCAGUCUCACCAAGAGAGAGUCUACCAGGAAUAUAUUGCCAGCAAAGUUAAGGAAAAGGCCACUCAACUUGAACAAUACUACGAAGAAGUCGUGUCCAGGAUUCAGUCUGAAUUGAGUUCUAUGAAACUACAGCAAAACGCCACCAAGAAGGAUCUGGAGACCACCAAAAAGAAAUAUAGUGAAGUUGCCGAAAAACUGGUGGAAAAAACAAGACAAUGCCAGAAGCUACAGUCGAUGUAUGAUGUCAUACGUAGGAAAUUGAUUUCUCCGAUCAAUUACGAAAAGGAAUGCCCGGAGAAGGUCUGGAACGGUUUUAAAAAUGAGAACUUCAUCUUGUCCUUAUCUUCUGCUGAUGCUGUCCUCCGGAAGCUUCACACCCCAUCUGCACCUCCACCUCCACUUGCAAAUAACGGCUGUGAUGAUGAUUUUGUGCUCCAACCCAACCACACACCGGUGAGUGGUGUCUUGCAUUCUGGUAGACAUUCCAAGAGCCGCUCUGUCAUUAAAUGUCUGUAACUGCAACACAGGUUGUUCACUCUUUGAGAUACAUCAUCUUCUGCCUCCACCUUCUACAUCCUUCUGGAAUACAGGAAUGGAGAGUUUGGUAUUUGUUUCUUCAGUUCUAAAAUAUCUUGUUUCUGUCCUUAUUUCUAUUUUCUGAUUUCAGAAAACAGGGUGGGCCAAAAUUCACGCACAAAAUAACUUCAAUACA